AUGGGAGCACAACAAUCACAUCCGAUACCAAAUAAUCAUCAUCAUCAGCAGCAACAACUGCCUUCGGAUGCAACCAAUCAACAACAACCCAUUAGGAGAAAAAUAGGUGAGGGCUGCUCACUUUUUGGAACAGCCAAUAGUGGAAAAUCAACAUUGUAUUAUUUGGCAAAACAUAUUUUGAGGAAGGAAUGGUUUUAUUCGAGUAAAAUAGAGUUUGAGCAUGAUUUGCAGUAUGCUUGUUGUUCAAUGAUGGGAAAAUUGUGGAGUAUUUUGGAAGAAAGUGAAAGAAAGCAAAUGAAAGGGUUGAUUUUAGAGAGAUUUGAAUCGACUUUGGAUAAAAUUGAGGAAAUUAUCAGGAUAAAAGAUUGGGAUUUAUUCGAUUCCUUUCCACAAGUUUCUAAUUUUGAUUUUUGUGAAUUAUUAAUCCAUGUUUGGAAAAUUCCAAAUAUGCGAGAAUUAUACGAAAUUAGAUGGAAUGAAAUAAGUUUAAAUAUUUCACAAUAUUGCAAUGAACACAAAAAUAGCAUCAAUUUACAUUCAAGACUGAACCUUCAAAUGCUGGAAAAUUUACCAGAAUUCUUGGAAAAUAUUGAAAAUCCAAACGAAAGCUUUCUUCCUUUGACGUGGUGUUAUGAAUGUACAAAUUCAAGCAAACAAUUUGAAUUCAGGUAUGGCUAUUUCAGGGAUGUGGGAGGGGCUAGAACUGAAAGAAGAACAUGGAUGCAGUCUUUGGCUUCCAUGCCAGAAACAAUCUUUUUGGUGAUCUCACUUUCAGAGAUAGAUCAAUAUCUAGCUGAAGAUGAUUCGCAAACUUUGAGAAUUCAAGAUACCAAAAGGAUGUUUAAAUUUAUGAACAGUAUUCCAGAAUUAAUGGACACAAGAAAAAUAGUACUCUUCACCAAACCAGAUAUUCUAAUUAAGAAAUUACAGAAAGGAGUUACAGUCAAUUUGGGAAAUUCAUUUCAAAAUGAGACCUGA